GGGACGCAGAGCUACCACAGGACUAGCACCAGGACAGCGCCGAUGCUCAUGAUGGGCUGGUUGACUUCUCUGCGGCUUCCUCUGGUCGUUGGCGACUCCCAUCGGUUGGAAGAAAAAAUGGUUGAAGCAGAUCGCCCAGGAAAGCUCUUUAUUGGUGGGCUCAAUACAGAGACAAAUGAGAAAGCCCUUGAAGCAGUAUUUGGCAAAUAUGGACGAAUAGUAGAAGUGCUUUUGAUGAAAGACCGAGAAACCAACAAGUCCAGAGGAUUUGCUUUUGUCACUUUCGAAAGCCCAGCAGAUGCAAAGGAUGCUGCCAGAGAUAUGAAUGGAAAGUCCUUAGAUGGAAAAGCCAUCAAGGUGGAGCAAGCCACCAAACCAUCAUUUGAAACUAGUAGACGUGGACUGCCUCCACCUCCAAGAAGCAGAGGUCCUCCCAGAGGUCUUCGAGGAGGAAGAGGAGGAAGUGGAGGAACUAGAGGACCACCCUCACGUGGAGGACACAUGGAUGAUGGUGGCUAUUCCAUGAAUUUUACCAUGAGUUCUUCGAGGGGACCUCUUCCAGUAAAAAGAGGACCACCACCACGAAGUGGGGGUCCUCCUCCUAAAAGAUCAGCACCUUCAGGACCAGUUCGUAGCAGCAGUGGAAUGGCGGGAAGAGCCCCUGUGUCACGUGGAAGAGAUAGUUAUGGAGGCCCACCACGAAGGGAGCCCCUUCCCUCUCGCAGAGAUGUUUAUUUGUCCCCGAGAGAUGAUGGAUAUUCCACUAAAGACAGCUAUUCAAGCAGAGACUACCCAAGUUCUCGAGAUACCCGAGAUUAUGUACCACCGCCAAGAGAUUAUCCUUACCGUGAUUAUGGUCAUUCCAGUUCACGUGACGACUACCCACCAAGAGGCUAUAGUGAUAGAGAUGGAUAUGGUCGGGAUCGUGACUAUUCAGAUCAUCCAAGUGGAGGUUCCUACAGAGAUUCAUAUGAGAGUUAUGGUAACUCACGUAGUGCUCCACCUACACGAGGGCCCCCGCCAUCUUAUGGUGGAAGCAGUCGCUAUGAUGAUUACAGCAGCUCACGUGACGGAUAUGGUGGAAGUCGAGACAGUUACUCAAGCAGCCGAAGUGAUCUCUACUCAAGUGGUCGUGAUCGCGUUGGCAGACAAGAACGAGGGCUUCCCCCUUCUAUGGAAAGGGGGUACCCUCCUCCACGUGAUUCCUACAGCAGUUCAAGCCGCGGAGCACCAAGAGGUGGUGGCCGUGGAGGAAGCCGAUCUGAUAGAGGGGGAGGCAGAAGCAGAUACUAGAAACAAACAAAACUUUUGGACCAAAAAAAAUCCCCAUUCAAAGAAACAAACAAAAAUGGAAACUUUCUGUCAUAAACUUCCCAAGGACUACUAAAAGGAAAAAUUGUGUUACCUUUUUAAAAUUUCCUGUUCCCCUUAAUAAUUUUUAUGUUCUUGUGAGGGAAAAAGUAAGACGUGUUUAAUUUUAUUUGAUAUUAUGAGUUGCUUUCAACAAGCAAAUGUUAAAUGUGUAAGCCUUGACUUGUACUAGUGUUGUAAUUUUCCAAGUAAAAAUGUCCCUGAAGGCCACUUCCUGAUUUUUCCCAGUUAAUGAGGAAAGCAAUCCUAAGAUCUUCCACAAACAUUAAGCCAUCUAUAUGUCCUGUGGUCUCCACUGAGCGAUGAAUCGCCCUGCCUGUGCUAUUAGAGAGGGUUGGUUGGGUGUGCUGCUCUUAGGAUUUCAUGAUUUCAGGGUGUCUUCCAAGUGAAACCUCAAUGCUCACAGUAUAAAAAAAACCUGAGAUCAGAUUCCUAGGAAUGUGCUAUUUACCCAGAAACCCCAAAAAGCAAAUGGAUGCAGGCCAUAUUUCGCUUUUCUGACAUUUCCUUGGGAAUCUACAAGGACCUCCCUUUUCCCCUCCCUUAGUAAGACCAUUUAAGUGUGUGUUAAACAACUACAGAAUACUAAAUAAAAAGUUUGGCCAAAACCAACCAUGAAGCUGCAAAACGAUGCUUGCUCUUACUGUUUCAAAUUUUUGCAACUCUGUAGUGUCUCACUUUUAAAGGAACAGCUUGAUUGCAAAGGAGAAAAUAGAUAAGCAAUGAAGUUAUCUCCAACUUCCUAAAGGCUUAUGACUUCUAAAAAGUGAAUCUAUCAGCAUUCCACAUCAGAUUUAAAGCACCAAAUGCCUGUGAAACAGCAAAGAUGGUAAGCAAAGCAAACUAGUUUUUCCGUCUAAGUCGAAAUUGAGCACUUACCUUCCUCAUAGUACAGUGAACCAUACUGUACUUCAUGGCAAUGGAAAUGCCUUCUAGAUUAAAAAAAAAAAAACCUUUUGAAAAAAACCACAAAUGUUCAAUAGCAUAUUAGAAGUCCUCCAAAUUCAACACUUGGAUUUUUUUAAAGCAUGUAUGGCACUUAAAGGCACUAAUGCAGCUGUUGUUUAUCAAUAGCAAUCUGGAAAUUGGGAGGGGGUGAUUUUUUUUUUAAAUUUUUGAUGAAGACCUUUAAACAUGCUUCAUGUUUUGACUUUUUUUUUUCAAAUUAGUCUUUUAGUCAAUAUAAAAAAUGGCUUAGGAUUGGGGUCUCCCAUCUGGCCCCUAUAAGCCAUUGCAAAUUUGACAUUUAGUUGGAUGCCUGACUUGUUUUAGUUCUAUGAAACUACACUGUAUGGAGAAAAAAAAUCUAUUGCAAGUGGUCUUUAAAAAAGCAAAAACCUGAGGCAGCAUGACCCAGGUCCAGCCAUGAAGUUGAAAAAGAUGCUCUUGAAUAUAGUAAACUUGAAGACCUCCAACUAAAAAUCCUUAGACUGCACUUAUUCCUUCAAAUGUUUUGUCAGUUCAACUUAUGGAUUUAACGUGGCAGUGCACCAUUGGAAAAGAAUGAGAAUCCAUAAGCCAUGCGACUUAACCAUUUAAGCCAUUCCAGUCCAUCCCAAGCCAGUGAACCUUCCACCAAUUAAGAGAAGUAGUAGAACAUGAAAUAAUGUAUUAAGCUACAAGUCUGAACUUGCCUGUUCUCUCUGGAAAAAAAAGGACAGUUAUAGGCAAGUAUUAAAGAACUUCCUUUAGAGAAAUAACUAGUUUUCAUUUAUGUAAUUUUUGCAGGUUGAACCUAACAGUCAUCCUAUCAUGGAGUGCUGAUUGAUUCACAGUAGAGAAACCUGGCAGUAUGAAAAAAUCAAAUGCUCAGAGUUGUUGAAGCAGAGGAAUGCUGACACUAAGCUGCAGCAGUUACAUACCCAGUGCUCAUCAGAAUUGGUUUGGUACAGGCAAUAGAGGGUUUUUUUUUCUUCAAGGGAGGGAGGCAUCAGUGUUGGUUAAACAUUAAUUAGGGAGUGGUGAUUCCUUAAAAUUGACCAAAUGAGGAGAGGGAGACAAAGAAAUUGGUAAGUCGAGGUACCUACCCAAGAAGUUCUCGUGGCUCUUUGUACAGAUUCAGUAGUUUGGGUGAAAUAAUGGGGCAACUCUGCAAUUUAGAGCUGAUGAUCACUUACUAUAAGAAAAUUGAAUUAGCUGGGACUGUAACUCCAUGGUGGAGUGCUGGCCUAAAUACGAGCGAAGCCUAGAGUUCAAUCCCUGGCACCACACACAGAAAAGAACACUCAAUCAGAAAACUGAUGCUUCCGUGAUAACUUUAUCCACUGAUGUCUCUGAUUUUCACCAAGUAAACCAUUUAGGGAAUUACCUUAUCAGGAAAAAACAUUUACUUGUCCUAUAAAACUUAGAAGAGGGGAGCAAUGCUACAAAAUGCAAGUAAAAACUGAAACACUGUUAAGAUAGUGGAAAGAUGCUGGAAACAAAUACAGGUCACCAGGUCACUGUAGUUUUAGAGAGGUACUUUACCCUCAGGUCUCAAUCUUGGAAAUAAAUCACGAUACAACUCUAGUUUAUUGCUUUGGAAACUAAGAGCCAGUAAUGUAAGUGUUGAUGUUCUCAAAGAGCCAGUAAUGUGUUGACGUUCUCAAAGGAAACAGGUUGAGUUGCAGGGCUAAAGGAUUUAACUCAACUUCUGAGAUUCUUCUUACAAAGCCAUUUAGUACUAUUACAUUUACUGUUUAUGAUUAGGGGAAAUGAUCCAAAACUUUUAAACCCCAUUGGUCACAUUUCUCAUCAGCUGACAAGGGUCCUGACCAAAUGUCAGCAGUUGUACUUGAAUAGCUAUCUUAACUGAAGCCUUCUAUGUUCUAAUAACUCCUUGAGUAGGUGCUUUUGUCAAGACCUUUUGACUCUCAGGCAUUUAUUUAGAUUUCUUAAAGACAGUUUAGCAUAGGGAAUACUAGGGUAAAAAUAAAUGCUAAAUUCAAAGUAAGGAGCAGGUAAAAAAUUGCCAAGAAAACUUUUUGACAAAUAGUAAAGUUUACAGAACCAACAGGCCUAAAAUACACAAUUAGAAAAAAAUUGCCCUAGAUCCUUCUGGGUAUAUACUGGUUGUAAACGAAUUUGAAUAAUACAGGAAGUGGGGUUUAUUUUGGUAGUUGGAUGUAGAGUUUAGGUAUUGUGGAUCACUUUUUGGAAUGUUUUGUGUGGAAACCCAAUAAAACUUGAACAUGUA